CUCUUUCUUGUUUUUUGGAAAAAAAAGAUGUCUUCACUCCUAGCUAAUAAUAGUUUGAACGGAUGUGUUGAUCCUUUCAUUUUAAAACAUACCUCCACAUUGAUCAGCUGCCUGGCUGUCCUUUCCCUCACCUUCCUCCUGGGUCUUCCUGGAAAUGGUUUGGUCAUCUGGGUAACCACCUUGAAAAUGGAGCGAACAGUGAACACUAUUUGGUUUCUCAACCUUGCAGUGGCUGAUUUUCUGUGCUGCCUGUCCCUGCCUUUUCACAUUGGUCAUCUGGCCCUCCUUGAGCACUGGCCUUAUGGUUGGUUUUUUUGUAAGAUUAUUCCAGCAACUAUUAUUUUCAAUAUGUUUGCCAGUGUCUUCCUUCUCACCAUCAUCAGUAUUGAUAGGUGUCUCGUGGUGAUGAAACCUGUCUGGUGUCAGAAUCAUCGAACAGUGAGGCUCACAUCCAAGAUAUGCGGUGGCAUCUGGCUCUUAGCCUUCUUUAUGUGUUUUCCUGCAUUCUUCUUCCGUGAGAUCUACGUGGAUGAAUUUGGAAACACCAGAUGCAUCAACCGCUAUGGUGAUGAAGACUAUGCAGAGGACAAUUGGUCAUUUGACUCAUUUUACAGCAACAAUGUGACUUUUACUCCAUAUCCUACCUUUAUGGUUAAUGGAAUGUAUGAUACUUACUCCGAAAGCCAACCACCAAAUGCUCUUCUGUCCAUUACUGUCACCAGAAGUGUCAUUGGUUUCCUUCUUCCUUUAGGAAUCAUGGUGACCUGCUAUGUGCUUAUUGCUCACAAGAUGCUCAAAAAACAAUUUUCUAAGUCCUUCAGGAAGAUUCUGCGGAUGAUUCUGCUUGUGAUUGGUACUUUCUUUCUUUGUUGGGCUCCUUACCAUGUAAUUGGGGUGCUGGACCUCCUGGCUACCCCAUGCACAGAAUUUCAUGAAAUGCUGCGUCCAUGGGACCAUGUUUCCAUAGCACUUGCCUAUGCCAACAGCUGCAUCAACCCACUUGUUUACGUAUUUGUGGGGAAAAAAUUCAGGGACAGGGCACGCCAAACAGUGCAAAGGAUCUUUGAAGAAGCUUUCAGUGAAGAAGGCACGUGUUCCACAGCCUGUUCCCAGGACAGAAGCAAGACUAGUGUUGUCAAGGACACUGAUGUUUCUGUACUCUAAAAAGGAUCUUCUGGACAACAGAAAUUUGGGUACACUUUUCUCAAUUUGCUGCAGUAGCAUUACAUACUAACUCUCUUGCAGAUACAGAGAACAGCAUGAACCUCUCAUGUCAGCUCACUGUAUUUCAGAUUUGCCAAUAUUUUGUAGCAUUGUGAUAGUUACUUAUAUCUAUUUUUUCUUUAAAUAAGAGGAAUGUGCAACAAUGGGAGGGUGGUGCUCAAUGGGCAUGACUGCAGAAUGUUCUACAUAUGAAGCUAGGGGACCAAACCUAAUAGUACCCUAAGAAUUUU